AUGCCACCCGCCAAAGGAAAGAAAGCAUCCGGAUCUCUCGGUAGAGCAAUCAUUCGUUCCCGAUUCCAGGGCCAAAAGGCCAUUGCACUCGAUGAAGGAAAAUUGCACACUACCGAUGCCGAUGACGAACCUGGAUGGGUUAAGAUGCAGAGUAUUACCCAAGAAAAUGAUCUUGAUGCCUUCUUGAGCACAGCUGAAUUGGCAGGAACUGAAUUCACAGCAGAAAGAUUGAAUGUCAAGGUCGUCCAAGAUACCUAUCAGAACCCCUUCUUGCUCGCAGAAGAAGAAGAAAAGCAAAGAUUAGAAAAGCAGGAUGCCAACGUAGAGAGAUUGAGUGUACCAAGAAAGCCCAAGUGGGAUAAGACUAUGACAGCCGAGCAGGUCCAGCGUAACGAACGUGAAAGUUUCCUCGAAUGGAGACGCAGUAUGGCUCAGCUUGAAGAAGACGAGGGUUUACUACUCACACCUUUUGAAAAGAAUAUUGAGGUUUGGCGUCAGCUGUGGCGUGUCAUUGAACGCUCUCAGCUGGUUGUCCAGAUUGUGGAUGCUAGAAACCCUCUUCUUUUCCGUAGUGCAGAUUUGGAGAAAUAUGUUAAGGAAGUUCAUCCCGAGAAGCAGAACUUGCUGCUUAUUAACAAAGCUGAUUUUCUGACUAAGCAACAAAGAAAACAAUGGGCAGAUCACUUUGACUCUCAGGGUAUCCGAUACACCUUCUUCUCUGCAGUCCUGGCAACUGAAUCACAAGAAAAGGAGAAGGCCGAGAAAGAAAGAGAGGAGUACGAGAGAAUGUUGGAGGAACAGAAGAAAAAGAAGAAGACCGAAAGUGAGGAUGAAGAUAGUGAGGAUGAAGAAACCGAUGAUGAGGAGACUGAGGAAGAGGAAACUGAAGAAGAAGAGGAAGAAGAGAAAGUGGAAAAGAAAGAAGAAAAGAAAGAAGAAGACAUUAAAGAUAUCACCAAAAAUCUCGAAAACUCGAAGCUUGAAAAUGAAGAUGACCGUGUUCGCAUUCGCACUACAACUGAUCUUCUCGACUUGUUAAUUCAAGAGACUCCCAAGAUUCUUGGCGAGGAUGGUAAAGUAGAUCCUACUGUGACUAUUGGUCUUGUUGGUUACCCCAAUGUGGGUAAGUCCAGUACCAUUAACGCUAUUAUUGGCGAAAAGCGUGUGUCGGUAUCUUCUACACCUGGUAAGACCAAGCACUUCCAGACCAUUCACUUGACACCCUCUCUUGUACUCUGUGAUUGUCCUGGUCUUGUAUUCCCUACAUUCUCUACCACAAAGGCUGAUCAGGUCUGUAAUGGCGUGUUACCCAUUGAUCAGCUCCGUGAUCAUACUGGCCCCACAGGCUUGGUGGCCAAACGUAUUCCUCAGGCUACUAUUGAGGCAAUCUAUGGUAUUCGUAUCAGAACACAACCUAUUGAAGAUGGUGGUAGUGGUAUUCCCACUUAUGCAGAGCUCUGUGCAACAUAUGCUAUUGCCAGAGGUUAUUUCAGAUCUAGUCAGGGUACUCCAGAUGAGUCUCGUGCUGCAAGAUAUAUCUUGAAGGAUUAUGUCAAUGGUAAACUCCUCUACUGCCACCCCCCACCGGGCAUAGACUCCACUAAAUUCAAUGAAGAGAACAACAAAGCUGCCCUCAAAACCCAGAAAAAACUGGCACCCACCACUCGCGUACCCGCAAAUGCUCUCAACUAUGUAGCACCCGCAGAAACCACAGCAAAACCCCGUGGUUCUAAAACAGAAGCAGUUGACAAUGCUUUCUUCAAAAGACACAUGAACGCACCCAGUGUAAAGGGAAAGGCAGCAGCAUCAAUGCAUGCUGGUUUUUCACGAGUCAAUAUGUAUCCUCACCAACUGCAGUUGGCUGAGGAUGGAUCACCUUUACCUCAAGCACAGGGAAGAAAGGCACGUCUUGCAGCGGUCCAAGCAAAUCUUGCGGAGGCUGGUCUGGCAGGCAAGAAGCACAAGAAGGGAAAGAAGCAUGUUAAAGUCAGAAGUGGUGCUGGUUAUGACUACUUAUAAAUAAGAAAUAGCAAAAAAGCAAAAAAUUUUAUAUAUAAAUUAAAAAAAAGACAUCAUCC